AUGGAUGGUGAUUUGCGAUUAGUUGGUGGCCACGAUCACGAUGAAGGCAAAAUCGAAGUUUAUUAUCGUGGGUUAUGGGCUGGAAUAUGUGAUGACUACUUUGAUCAAAGGGAUGCAAAUGUUAUUUGUCGUCAGCUCGGCUACAGAGCAGUGAUUGAUUACUUUUGCUGCUCAAAGUUUAAUGAUACCGAAGCUUAUGGUUACACAUCAAAUCAGACUUUAUUUUGGCUUGAUCAUUUGGAAUGUGAAGGGCAUGAAAAAAAUAUCAUGGAAUGUAGCCAUGAAGGUUGGGGUAAUCAUGAUUGUUCCAGUCAUGAAAGUAGUGGAGUUCGAUGUACAAUUCAUAGCUGUAUUAGCUCUCCUUGUUCAGCGAAUGCAACAUGCCAUGACGAAAUAGAUGGUGAGUAUUCUUGUCAGUAUCUUCGAAUGGUUUAUGGAUACAAUCAGAAUGCUGAAGGUCUUAUUCAAGUAUAUCAUGAAGGACUUUGGGGAACAAUUUGUAUCGUUGAUUUCGAUAUUAACGAAGCAAAUGUCAUUUGUCGUCAGUUGGGAUUCCAAGGUGCUCUAUUUGCUCGGGAAUCUGGUUUAUCUAAUCAAAUUGGUCAUGGCCGAAUAUGGCUUAGUAAACUGGUUUGUAAAGGCGUUGAACGAUCAAUUAGGGACUGUUUUCAGAAACAGUGGACUAGAAGACAUUGUGAGCAUUCUAUGGAUGUUAUACUUAGAUGCACAGAUCAAUUUCCGGUUUAUACUGCUCUAUACCAGACGACUAUUGUGCAUUUGCUAAUUGCACAUUCAAUUCUACCUGUAUCAAUUUUAUUAAUUUCUUAUGCUAAUAAUGACGAUCGAGGACUAGUUGAAAUUUAUAUUAAUGGAAGUUGGGGGACAAUUUGCGACGAUUACUUUACUAUUGAUGUUGGCCACGUCCUCUGUCGUCAACUUGGCUAUAUCGGUUUCGUAGAAUACAAAUGCUGUUCCACUUGGGGAUCGGGUCGUGGUAGAAUUUGGAUAGAGAAAAUAAAUUGCAGUGGAAAUGAAAAUCACAUACUGGAUUGUCGUAUCGACAAUAAUCAAGAUCAGUAUUGUAAUCAUAGAGAAGAUGUUGGCAUCCAUUGUACAGGUUAUACUGACGAUAUUCUAGAUUUAUAG